CCUCAUCCUCAUCCUCGGGUCUGCUGUGUCCUCUUCAUCCGCGAAACCGAGAGCCAUGGCCGCGCAGAAGAUCAACGAGGCGCACGAGCACAUCGCCAAAGCCGAGAAAUGCUUGAAGACCAGCAUGACCAAGUGGAAACCUGAUUAUGAUGAAGCCGCUUCAGAGAUGGCAAAAGCAGCUGUGGCUUUCAAAAACGCCAAACAGUUUGAACAAGCGAAGGAUGCGUACCUGAAGGAGGCCGAGUACCACACAGACAACAAAGCACUCUUCCAUGCAGCAAAAGCGUAUGAACAGGCUGGCAUGAUGCUGAAGGACAUGAAGAAAAUGCCUGAGGCCAUUCAGCUGAUCGAGAAGGCCAGCAUCAUGUACGUGGAGAACGGGACGUCUGGCACCGCUGGAAUAGCCUUGGACAGAGCUGGGAAACUCAUCGAGCCGAUCGAUCUGGAGAAAGCCGUGGACUUGUAUCAGAAGGCCGCAUCUGUGUUUGAGAAUGAAGAUCGUCUCAGACAGGCCGCAGAGCUUCUGGGAAAAUCCUCCAGACUUCUGGUGAGACUGCGCAGGUGCGUCUUCAAGCAUUAAACUGCCCACAUUGUGAUGAUUUAUUAAAUGAUGAUUUGAAAUGCUCCUGUCUCUUUAAAGCCCCGCCUUCCAAAAAGCCAAGUCUUCUCUGAUUGGUCAGUCGACCCACGUUGUUGACUGGUCAGGCAAUUAGGUUGUGUGUGUCCGAAAUGUACCGCUCUUUACCAUAAUUGGCUUUCCAACAGUCCUUGUGGAUGGGUCAAAACAGCAGUAGGCGGGCAUUAUGCAAAUAUGCACC